GUUGGCGACUCGAGUCUGCUUUGAACGAUACCACCCACUAACGUUGCAAUAUUUAUCACGCAACAAUACAAUUUUGCAGAGGAAUUCUCAGUUUUAUUUCGGAGUUCACAUAUGUUGGUUUAAUCCUCGGAGAUUAGUACAUACAGACGUUUAAUAAUCAUUAUAAUAAAUAGAUUAAAUCUUCGAAUAUGUGUUCAGACAAUAAAAAGUUUCUUCGUUUAGAGAGUGUUGGCAUCGAUAGUGAUUGUGAAUUUGUUGUUGGAUCUCUAAAUGAAAUCGUCAAAGGACACAAGUUACUGUUCUCAGUUGCAAGUGAUGUGUUCAAAGCCAUGUUUUACGGCGAUCUCAAACAGGAAUCACCAGUCAAAGUGGUUGAUUUGGAUCCGAUAGGAUUUAAAUUAAUGAAGCAGUUCAUUUACACUGGUGAGGUGUGUUUCACAUCUGCAAUUGAUGCUCUUCUAACAUUCUCUGCAGCCCGUAAAUAUUUGAUUCCUGAUCUCGAAGAAAAUUGUAUCAAAUAUAUAAACGGAAACAUUCAGCCAUCGGAAGUUUUGGAGUUCUUCGAGUCUUGCAAGGUAUUGUACAUUUCAGAAUUCGAUGGAUUAUAUAGUAAAAUUAUUCAAGAAAAAACAGAUGAGGUAGUAGACAGCGAAUUCUUUCUAACAUCCAAAACUGAAACAAUUGAAUCUCUGUUGAAAUUACCCUGUUUGAAGUUGGAAUCAGAAAGGGAGGUUUUUGAACAUUUUGAAAGAUGGGCUAAAGCUGAAUCUGAUCGCAAGAGUAUCAAUGUUGAUUUGAUGCCAUCAUACUUCAACAAUCUUAAAAAACACAUUCGAUUCCUAACUAUGAGCUUGAAAGAGUUUGUUUCAUGUGUUGAGAAGUCUUUUAUACUGACUCGGGAAGAGAAGAAUGCUAUUCUAAACAAUCUGAUAGAGUUCAACUCAGAACCAAUGCCGAAAUGUCUCUCUCUGGAACGAGAACAACGCAAAUUCAAAACUUCUUCUGUGACACCAAAAGAUUAUCAAUAUAAACACAAAUUCAUUGUUUCGAUUGAUAAGCUCUGUAGUUCAUGUAGUACAUACACGAUACCCAAAUUUUCUAAUCUCCCUAUCAGAAUCACCUUCACUAAACCCAUAGAUGGAUACAUUUGUUUCCAUGCUGAAUUUCUAAAAAACCGUAUUGUUGACGUCAUUGAAAUAAUGAAUGUAGAAUCAAGACUUACAGUAUUAGCUGAAGAAAAACGUAAUAAUUUAGUUUUUGAGAAUGUGUUUUUCACAGUACUGAACUGGCAUAAUUCAGACAAACAUGAGAUGAGUUUUGCAAAAAUUCCUAUUAGCAGACUAAGAAAUGAAAAGUUUUUGAGAAGCACCAGUGACAUAGUUAUAAUCGAAGCUUCAUUCAACAUCAAACUGGAAACAGGAGAGGAAUGAUUGUAUGAUGAAUUUCAAAACAACUUUAUGGUUUAUCAAUUGAAUAACUCCUCAAAAAAUAUUCGAAAGCGAAGCAUGUUCAUUUUUUAAUUUAAACGUUAUUAAUUCAAUUAAGUUUAAGUUUUCAAUUCAAUAAUUCUAUGCCUUAUGAUACAUAAAGAACAUUCCUAUUCCAAUCGAACAAUUUAUUCACCUUAUUGAUAAAAAUAUGUUACUUUAAGGGAGAAUUAUCAAUAAAGACAUUUGAAAUAGAAUAAUUCUAAAGUGUUCAAAUUUAUUCCCACCACUAAACAAUCUCUAGCUAUAAGAUGUUCAACACAAAUGAAUGAAGUGUUGGCUAACAAAAUA